UUGCGAACAAGAUAUUGAUAAAGGUUAUAGGAAAUUUGUUGAAGCUGCGAAUUUUUAUCUUUCUGAUACAAAAUCUUGGAAAAAUAAAUAUGGAGGAAUAAAGGAUUAUAAUGCAGAAGUAGCAAAAAAUUUGUUAUAUAAAGAUGAAUAUAAUAAAGUAAUACAGAAUCUUAACAAUCAAUAUGACAAGAAACCAAAUAAAUCUGAAUAUGUAAGACUUGGAUUAGCUAGAUAUUGUAUUAGAAGAAAAUAUUUAAUAAAGCUCUGGAUCUACUAA